AUGAGUUCUUAUCUUUCUCUGUCUCUGUUGGCAAUGCUGCUAGUAGCUAUCACUUCAACUGAAGGUUUGCGAGGUUCUGGAUCAAGUGACUGCUGCUAUCGUUUCAACAUGAACCCUGUUCCCCAGACAAGGGUAGUCAGUUACGUGAAGACUUCACAGCAGUGCCCCAUUGCUGCUUUUCGACUGAAGACGGUGAAUGGUCGUUACAUGUGUGUAAAGUCUUCAGUCCAAUGGGUGAAGGACCUCAUCAAUGAGCUUGAUGCCAGAAAAAUUUCUGGCGAAACAACUAACUUGUAA